AUGCCGAGUACGCCUCUGGGGUUCCCGCUUUUGGAUGUGUCUCCACCUGAGGUCUCUCAUGAGGCGGUGCAGGUCGAUAGGGACGAGUCCCAGGCAGCAGGCAUCAGUGAUAUGCAGGCUCCUACGUUGGAGGCCGCUUUAUCCUCAUCCAGUGAGUCGGAGCAGGAUGCUGGCACUUCAGGUUCGGUUCGGCGUUCCAGUGUGGCCAUCUCAGCCACUUUCCAGCCUGAGGAGUGCGAUGAAUUCUUGUUCUUGCAGGGGGCAUCAGGUACAGUCCACGUGGCAGCACCUCAGGAAGUGCAUCGGGCUUCCAUGGCUAACGUGGAUGCGGCGCUUUUGGAGCUUGCCGUUGCAUGCAGAGUACCGCAGGAGUUCCACUUCGUGCUAGAUGGUUAUGACGUGCCGCUGUUUGGUUGCCUAGCAGCCUCACACUCGGAAGUCGAUGCCUCAAUCGAGAUACUGCUGGAGGGGGCCUCCUUGCCUGCAAAUUCCACUGAGAAACUACGUCUUAUGUCAUGCUUCCGCCUGCUGUUUCAGAAGUGUCAGUCUGUGACGGCAACCGGUUCGUCUGCGGGGAGUGCGGCCCAUGCAAGCAUGACAUCCAAUGCAGCCUCAUGGGUAGACUCUUUCCCGGCUAAAUUGACAGGUGAGGAGGUGGUGAAACUCCGCCUUGAGUUCGAGGCUUCGUACCCAGGAGAGGUCUUGGAUGCGGACAACACCCCAGGUCACCGGCUCUUAGCUUUGGCCGCAAAGCUUGUUAAACCAGGUGAGAUGCGGUGGGUGGCCUGGAAGCAUCGGAUGAGCAAAUCCCAAGAGGAGUCUUUCGCUCUGCGCAGGCCGGCAAAAAUCCCAAGGUUGGAAGAGCUGGUGUACGACGAGAUACCUUCAAGAGAGCUACCUCAAGGCCAAGUCGGCAUGACCUUCCUGCAGGGCAUUUUGGGUCUUUUGUGCAUAUCACUCGCCUUCGUUAAGGGGGCUCACCUUCAGAGCCUGCGGCUUUACGAGCGCAAGUUCAUCCGCCUGGCCUGCCAGCGGCAUGAGGCAUCUUCGGGGCUACGAAGCCCGAAUAUUGAGGAGCUUCAGGCGGCAGACAAGCACAUUUGGGGCUUGAUCGCGGAUUUAGUCAAUGUCCACAAGUGGAGCCUGAAUGAUGCACUGACGGAGGUAGUGCAAGUUCGCGGUGACUUGGCGGCCAUGUUGCAGCCUCGCAGCCAAAUCUUGAAGAUCAACAGGCAGCCUUUCAAAGGCAACGGCAAGGGGAAAGACUCCCCGGGCGGUAAGAACGGCAAGGGCAACAAGGGCAAUGGCACCAACAGUCAACGCUGCUUUCUUACACGGACUCCAAUGGUCAGCGCAAACAGUUGUGCCGUGGUUACAGUUCUCCAGACGGAUGCAAGUUUGAAAACUGUAAAUUCGAGCAUCUCUGCCCGGUUCCCGGCCCAGAUGGUCACAGUCGGUGGCGGAACACUCCGAUGUGCGGACUGGUCGAUCCAGCGAAAUUCCGUCGCCGACUUCAGCGGAUUUUUCUUGGGUGCGCGAUCUCGAGCACAAUAUUUCAAUUUUGGGGCGAGAGCGGGCUCCAAUGUGGGGCUUUGCAAAGGCACAGCAGAAAACGCAGAAUUCGUUGAGUACCUGAACAUUUUCCUUCGGCAGAUUUUUCCAGACGGCACAUGGUCCAGUUUUUGUGUCAGUCACAAUGAGUUCGCUCAUAUCCACGUGGAUAAGAACCUUCCGGGAUCUUUGAAUUAUUCAUUCAGUGUUGGUGCUUUUGAGAAAGGCGGCUUGUGGGUGGCUUUGCCACCAGACGAACUUCCUCACCUUCCGCGAGUGCCUCCGCCGGACACAUCAGCUGAUGCCUCGCUGUUGGGUUGCAUAGUUCAGACCAGGAGGUGUGGUUUUUCUUGGGAUGGCAGCGUUGCUCAUUGUUCGGAGCCAUGGGUUGGCGACAGAUGGGUCGUGACGGCCUAUACUUCUUGCACUUGGGGUUCAAUGCCUGAACCAGAUCUUCGCUCUUUACGUGAUCUUAUGUUUCCGCUUCCAGGCGACGCCAUGGUGGUCGACGAGGUGUCGUGUGCGUCUCGGGCUGCCAAAGUUGACCAGGCACAGCUGGGGCUACCGGCGGCAGUCAUGCCUCCGGACCUUGAUGCAAUUCGCGGAAAUCUUUUUCUGGAGAUCUGUUCUGGGCCAAAUCGGCCUCUGUCUGCUGCCUUCCUGGCGAAGGGUGUUUCAGUGCUGUCGAUCGACAUUCUUUUGCAUGAAGAUCAUAACUUGUUGAAUGACUCCACUUAUGACAGCCUCAUGCGGCUAUGCUACAGCGGACAAGUGAAUCUGGCGCACGCUUCUCCACCUUGCACGGAGUACUCCAGGCUGAAGCUCCGGGCAGACGGUGGCCCCAGGGCGAUUCGCACUCCAGAACACAUGUCUGGAGUUCCUGAUUUGAGUCCAUCAGAGCGGCAACGUCUGGAGCAAAGUAAAAAAGUGCUGGUUCGUACAAUCAAUUUGCUGCUGGCAACAUACUGCGCUGGAGGGCAUGUUAGUCUGGAAAACCCUUUGAACAGCAUGGCAUGGUUGGAGCAGGAAGUCCGAGAAUUUCUGCAACACAUCAACGCGGACCUCAACUGUGUGGCAGGGAUUGUUGACGAAGACGGCGUUUACGCUUCAAGGGCCACUUCGGAGUUUCCGGCACAGCUCGCACAGGCCUAUGCAGAAGCUGUUCUUCCUUUGUUCGAGACUUCGAGCAAGCCGUACACCAUUUCUCUUGAACAGGUUAGGUUUCUUCGAACUCACAAAACCAAGGAGGAACUUCCCCGAAGCACACAGGACGGAGGUGUGAUCUACUCAAUGCCGGAUUGGAGUUUUCCUCCGAGCGGCUGCAAGGACCUCCUAGGGGGAGUGCGUAAGCAGCUUGUGGAGUACCUUUUCCACAUCAGGGCCCCAUUGCGAUUGCGCGCCCAUGUGGAGUCCGAAAGCGAACUCCCGCUGUUCACAGAGCCUGAGGUUCGGCAGUUCAGGGAGAUCUGGCAGCAAUGGUUCAUGCAACAGGGUGUGCAAUCAAUCGAUUGGAGCGUGGCUGAACAUCAACCUUACUCGAUGCUGGCCUUACAAAGCCUCUCUCGAGCCUUGCAAGACAGAGAGUGA